AUGUCAGAAAUUUGUAAACAAAAACAAAAAAAUCACUGCAUUUCUUGGUUUCUUUUUCUUUUAAUUAAAGUUUAAACAAAUUAUUUAUCAAAUAAUUUUCUGUAAAAAAAAAUGGAUCCACAACGCUUCGAUGGUAUGUUAAUGGAAAUCCUCCAAGACCGCAAAACUAUUGCCGGCUUCUUAGAUGCAAUUUUCGGCUUCUUAUCCAGAAAUACGGAUUUCUAUUACGAACAAAAGAAUAAAGAUGACAAAAUUGGCUUCCCAUCUGGAAUGAAAGAACAAAUUGUUAUGAAAGUCUUGCAAAAGUUUGAUCCAAAAUAUCGAUAUGUUACUGAUAGCAUGGAAGUUUCACCAGCAAUUACCGAAGUCGAAGUUACCACAACUGAAGAACUUCCAAUGCAAACAGAUUCAGAAAUCAAAGAAGCAAGUGGAAGCAAAUCAGAAAUUCCCAAAGAUUCAAACAAAAAAGAACUAUUUUCGACAAACGAGUUCCAUAAUGGAGCUCGUUUCGAUUCUUAUUGUUGGUCACAAACUUCCACUGAAAUCGAAUUACAUAUCUGUUUGCCAGAAGGCAUCAAGUCUUCCAAGCAUAUUGGCAUUCAAAUCGAACCUAAUCACAUUAAAGUCAUUUCGAAAUUGGAUCCAGGAUCUGUUCCACUUUUCGAUGGAGUAUUGAGUGCUAAAUGCAAACAUAAUGAUGCGUUAUGGACAAUCUCGGAGGGAAAACUUCAAAUUACUUUAGAUAAAAUGAAAGAAGCUUGGUGGGAUCGUUUGGUUGAUGGUGAGCCAGCAAUUGAUGUUAGUAAAAUUGAUUGCACUAAAUAUAUGGAUGAACUACCACCAGACUCACAAGCUGCCAUUGAGAAACUCCGAUGGGAACAACAACAAAAGGAAGCUGGUAUUCCAACAGAAGCGGAAAGGAAUAAUUUGCAGAGAUUGCGUGAGGCGUGGGAUGCUGAGGGAUCGCCAUUUAAAGGACAACCAUUUGAUCCUUCGAUGGUUAAGUUUAAUUAGAACUUAAACAUUGAUUUUGUUUACUUUUUUAUAAAGACUUCAUAACAUU